GAGGAUAGAAGUGUAAGGAGGCAGCAUGCUUUUCAUUUAUUUUAACUUUCUACGUAUAUUUAAAAUAUCUAUGUGUAUGUGUGCACUUGCAUUUUUUAAUUAAUUCAUAAAUUAGUUCUAUUCAUUUCAUGGAUUAUGUUUCGUUAUGCAGGAUGAGUUUGCUAGCUUGCCUGCUAUUGUUCCAAAAGGUCCCAUUGCCAUAUUUGGUUUGGGUGGUGGAACUACUGCUUGGCUAAUGCUUGACUUGUGGCCUUCAUUGCAACUUGAUGGCUGGGAGAUUGAUGGAAUUAUAUUAUACCAUCUCAUUUUAAUUGACUUGUUUUCUGAAGGAAAAGUAUUGCCACAGUUGCAAGAGGUCAAUACUUGGUUAGAAUUGACUGAUAGAUUGAUGCCCAAGGGUCGUCUCACGGUGAACUGCGGUGGCAUCAAUGAAGUAUCUGUUGUGACAGAUGGAGUGCCUCGUCCUGAGACUUCUUCAAUUGAUGGCCACUGAGUGCAAAAUUCUACUAUCCAGGCACUACUGAAAGCAUUUCCGGAACAAUUGAGCUGGAAGAGAAUGCCUAAAAGGGAUGGUGAAAAUUACCUUGCACUA